GGAAAGAAAAAGUGACCGGAAUAUGGUUGAACCGGCUGAAAAUGCUCCUUCCUUCAGUGCAGACGGAAUUGAUAAAUCUCGACUUGCUCUUUCCUUGUUAGAAGUUCCGACAUUCAUACACAGAAUAAACUUGAUUCAUCUUCUCUUGCUUUUAAGUAUUUGCAUCCUAGAUCAGUCUCUCUAAGAGAUUGAUUUAACCCUACGUCCCCCGCUAGAAGACCUUGAAAGACAUGGACUUCAUAGGAUUUCCAAAACAAAAAUAUGCAACCGACAAGCCAUUUAUUUACACAAUCCUUCCAUCACCCACGUCCAUUCGACUUCUUGAAAUAAAAUCAAAGCUGUGGUGUCGUACCAAAUACUCUUUUCAUGUAGUAGAACUCACCGAAGCUCCGAAAUUUGAUGUUGUAUCCCAUUCGCGGCGAGAUCUUGUUCCACGAAAUCAUAUCAUACUCUGUGAUAACAAGAUAUUGAGAAUCUGCGGAGAUACAAAGAAUGCUAUCAAAGCUGGAAGCGAAGUUGUUUCAAAAACGUAUGGAAAGAUGAAGACACGAUAUGUUUGGAUCGAUUCGAUGUGCAUUAACCCAGAAGAUGCUAUGGACCGAACUGCCCAAGUUUCAAUGAUGCCGGAAAUUCUCAAAAAGGCUCGUAGCGUCAUUAUCGGACUUGGGAAGAGGGAUUCUUUCACUUCUGAUGCAUUGAAAGCCCUGAAAACACUAUCUUCGGUGCCACAUGAUGAAUGGUCAAAUUUAGUGAGCUUGGAUUGGGAGUGCCAGGAUCAAUACUUCCAAAGGCUCAACAUUGUACCUUUGCAACUUCGGUCAUGGCUCAGCCUUAUAGCUUUCUUUAACAGACCGUGGUUUUCGGGUAUCUGGGCUGUACAAGAAGUUACGAUCGGAAAUGAUGUAAUUCUUGCUUGCGGGAAGGAAAUGAUUCCUUGGGAAACAGUUUCGAGGACAUUAUCGUUUUUAACCCAUACUGGAUGGUACACGAAACUUCACACUAGUCAUUUGAUCAAGUUUCCCGGCAAUGAUCUUAAGAGUAGAAGACUUAAAAAGCAUCAAAUACUGAUGAAUUCAGAGGUUGGCUUUAAGAUGGCAGUUAUACAGCUUCAAUCCACUCGAGCAGGGAGUGAAACUAACAAACAACUUCCUUUAUUUCGAUAUCUUCUUCGCGCACAUCGAUAUUGUGAGGUUUCCGAUAAACGAGAUAUUAUUUAUGCGCUACUUGGGUUAUCGAGAAAGGACGGUCUGCCAUUCACAAAGUUCCCAAAUUUUCUUUCAACUAAUUAUGAAAUGGCGGCACAAGAUAUUUAUACUAAUGUGGCUAGAGUCUUGCUCCGAUGCUAUGGCCUAGGAAUAUUAUCUGAUGUUCAGGAUUCAAUAGCGUCUAUUCCAAAUCUACCGACGUGGGUUCCAGACUAUAGCAUCGCGCGAAGACCGUUACCUCUGUCAAUGCGCGGCGACUGUAUCUGGAGUGCCUGCGGUGAUAUGAAGUGGAAUCAAAAUUUCUCAGAAACUGAGACCCACUCCUUGAUAUUGCAAGGUAUGCUGCUUGAUACAGUCUGUGAAAAGGUCAAGCAACAGAAUAGGUCCUUACACCCGAUGGAAUUCUUAGAUGGGAUAUAUGAGGUUGCAGCUCGUCUAGACCCUAUAUACCCACUUUCGAUAGGUGGCAAAUUUCAAUCUUCACGUGAAGCUGUAUGGCGUACUAUUCUAGCAGAUACGUAUCGAAAGGAACAUCCAGCUCCGCAAAAAUGUGAGGAACUCGUAGCACACUAUCAGGAAUGGGUCCGCAACGGAGUACGCAAUGGAUCUCAGGCAACAAAUUCUAUGCAACGACUCAGUAUCACUGAGAGGCAACCGCGAAAAUACGGCAAAGCGGACUUUUCAAGUCUUGAGAAAGAAAUAGAAGCUGCGAAUGAUGCCCGUACUUUAUUCCGAACUCGCAAAGGUUACCUCGGCAUCGGAGCACAAUCUUUACGACCGUCUGAUGAAAUUUGGGUUUUAGCGGGUGCUUCAAUUCCUUUUAUUCUUCGACGAGGUGAAGACGAAUCCCAUGAACUAGUUGGAGAGGUAUAUCUACAUGGGGUUAUGCAUGGAGAAGCUUUGGGAUGGGGACAUGAAAUGAGGAAUGUAUUAUUGAAAUAAGCAUCAGGACAACAAAUCUGUGAUGGGAGAUAUUAUUUUUUCAGACUCAGUCUUGUGAACUUAGAGAAUAUUCGAGUCAAAAUAACUGGGGGCA